UUAUAAUGUCUGAGAAAUGGGACUGAGGGAAGAGAACAAAAAGUCUCAUGCAGGAAUGGUAAUACUAGGAAAACAAAAUCAAUCCUAAUUUUUAGCAAAUUUCCUCUGAGAAGUUAGGCAAGCCAAUUUAAUCAUAAUUAAAUAAUUUGAGUGACAACUGUGGUCUGAACUGUAGUGGUGGGCAGCUUCAGCAAUGGGUGAUACCCACAGGAGCUGAGCACUGACAAACUGCAGUGUUGCAUAAUGCCAAAUACUCCCAAAAAGCAAAUCCUAAACAUGUCACCGUAAGCACUCUGCAUUAGUGGGUACUUUCAAUCUUAAAGUCUCUUUAUUUCUCCUUUCAAUUGAGAUAACACUGCCACCCGUUCUGAAAGUGUUCUUAGACAUUAGUCAUUAGUAAUCUUGAUAUGCUGAAGAAAACAACAAGACAAAAUUUUGAGGGGCUGUUUGUUAAAUAUGCAUGAUCUCUCCUGCACACUGAGUGGCAGUAAGGGUCCUGGGGACUCGUGGGACCAGAAUUGAAGCAUAUAAUUUUAUAUCAGAGAAUUAUGGAAUUAAGCACUGAGUUUCUGUGCUCAUCAAAAGGCAAGGACAAAUGUAAUGCCAGCAUUUGCUGAUAUGUGAGUGCUUGGCUUUACAGUUUUAGCAUCAUUUUUGUGUGUACAACUUGCCAGCUUUAUUACUUUUAUCAUUGUUGUUCCAGAGACUGUUCAUGGGUGUUUGCACUUGUCCAUUUCCUUAUAAAGAAUGGGUCCUAAAUUACCGUGAGUGACAUGUACAGGUUUAAGAAAGGACCCAAAUCUCUCGUAACCUCAUCUAACUCUGCCAAUCUCCCCUCACUUCUGGGAAGACAUUUGCAAUAGAAAAGCUUACCCAUAUUUUGUAACAUCUUUAAAUUCUGUUAUCCCUUGGCUAGAGUAGACAUCACUGAGAUUCUCAUCUUAUGAUAAAGAUCGUCACUGUACCAAUGUAUUGUCAUGUCUCUGCAAGGAGUAACAUUGAAGGUAAUGUUCAUGCUGCUGUGAAGGGCUGGAAUAAAUUACCCUUUAGAACAUUCUUUGAAAAGUGAGCAACAUGUCACUUUUUGAGGUUUCUUUGAGUUUUUAAAAUUAGAAUUCUAUACAGAAAAGAGUAAAUAUACAAGUCAAGCAGUUGUAUGUUUGUACCUUGUAUUAUGAACUCUCAACAUAAGAAAAGUCUAAGGCUUACAAAUUGUGUUGUGUCUGAUGUUUUUGCAGCUUGUUUUUGCUUUUUUUUAUUUUAUGAAAAGAUUGGUGAAUACAAAUGACCUGCAAAUAUUUAUUUAAUUUGAUUACAAAUGUGCAGUAUUCUUUAAUCUGAUUUAUGAGUGUUUUUCCUGUGUUAGGAAAGCAAAGGCUUCUAAGCUUUUCAUCCCACUUGAGUGAGCUAAGCUGCAUGAAAUCCACAUAGAAAAAUGAUGAAAGGAAAUAUCUAAUUUAUUUACCAACUCUGUGAAAAGCAUGCUCACUCCUCUCUAUGGCCAUUAAAACAACAUAUGCAAUAAUAAAACUUUAUAAACAAUUUGGCUAAACACCAUAUGUCAGUUCUAGUGCCCAAUCCAUGCUAAUCAAAAAGAGGAAAUUCUGGACAAGUACUUAGUUCAAAUGAUUUCACUUUCAUUUCCUUUUAACAUGGAAUUUACCAUCUAAAAAUAAAACCACUGUGACUUUUCAUUUUAUAAUGUUAACAUUUAUCAUUUUAGGUGGGUUUCUACUUCCUUGGACCCAAAUCUACUUUUUCUCUAUUUCACUCUUCCUUUCUUUGUCUCUCUCUCAGAGCAUUGGUUUUCAGAUAUUGCUGGCCUGGAUGUUUCCAAAAGCUUUGCUUAUUUACCAUCAUUUAUAGGCAGUAAAGAGAAGAAAAACAAUGUGAAGUUAUGCUUUCAUUCUGUGGUUCCUUAUACUGGAAGAUACCUCUCUCUAAAAACAAUGUCAGUAUAGUGCUUACUAGAAGAUGUGAUAACGUAUUUAUAUGUACAUUGUUCCCAUAUACUUAUGUGUUUGUGUAAAUACAUUAUCAUAUAUCUAUACAGGAAAAAAUACCCGUAGAUAUACACACAUGAAUAUAUAUAUGAAUUUGAGGGUGCUCUCCAGCUGCACAUCCAUCAGCUCCAGGGAGUGAUGGCCAUAAAUUAAAAUGCCCACUAGAGGCCUCAUUUGCUAGGGUCUGUGGGCAUUAACGAAGCCCGUGCUGUGCUGUGCUGUGAGGUGCCCCUACACCUCCAUGCAAUGCCACCGACCCCAGCAGCAGCCUGCAGUCCUCCACCAGAGCAGCAUCUGGCACCAGCUGCAAAGGGACGAGUCGAUCCUCCCCCUAUCACUCCUGAGCAAGGAGAAUCGGCAGAUAAUCCGGCUGGGUGAUGUGUGGCAGGUGAGGUACAGGCACCACAACCUUCUCCCCUUCUUCCACCACUUGCAGCCUCCUGCAGCCGCCUUGCUGCAACGACAGUGUGGUUUGGCCAGAAAACCAUGAAAGGCAGCAGGACUCUGGCGAGCAAUGGUGAGGCCGUUCUGUUCCCAGCCCCUGCAGCAGCUGGGGUUUAUGUGAAUUUUCACGGCUCUUUCCUCCUCUUGUUAACAGGCGAGGCCAGCGUGGUUUUCUCCCCGCUGCCCCCCCCCCGGGCGGCGGGUGCCCUCCCGCGAGCAGGCUGCUCUAAAUAAGGCAAUGGUCACUGUGUCAGUAAUCCCCUCUUCCAGGGACCUGCAAACACCAGCGGUGGGACAUUCUUUCUCUUCAGAUGUCUAGCUGACGUCUGAUGCUUAAAACAGAGCAUGCUUUCAUCCCUUCAUGCAUUGUCGUAAGCCCCCGGUGAUCACUCUUAAAAGGGUGCCUCAGCUACUCAGGGAAACAGUUGCUGACCAAACGAGACGCGGCGUGCCUGAUCCAGCCCUCGUGAAUGCCCGAUCCUUUCAGUUUUGUACCAGCCUGACCAAACGGGACCAUGUCUACCUUUGGCUACAGAAGAGAGCUGAGCAAAUAUGAGGACAUUGAUGAAGACGAGCUCCUCGCUUCUCUCACUGAAGAGGAGCUGAAGGAGCUGGAGCGGGAGCUGGAGGACAUCGAGCCUGAUCGUAACCUUCCCGUAGGGCAACGGCAAAAGAGUCUGACAGAGAAAACACCCACAGGGACUUUCAGCAGGGAAGCGCUGAUGGCCUACUGGGAGAGGGAGACCAGAAAACUCUUGGAAAAAGAGAGGCUGGGUGCAUGCGACAAGGAAUCAGAGCAAGAAAAUGACAAUUCAGAAGACAUUCAAGAAGAAUAUUUUACAGAAAGCAACAGUGAAGUGUCUGAGGAGGCAUAUACCGAAGAGGAUGACGAAGAGGAAGAAGAAGAAGAGGAGGAAGAUGAAGAUGACAGUGAUGAUGAGGACGAUGAAAAGCAAAAUGCUGCAGCUGGUGAAAGACCUGUGAAUUGUGAGGAUGGCAGGAGUUCUGACCAUAUGAGACACAAGAAGAGUAACAGUGUGAAGGACAGUGAAAAUUUGCUCAAUGGCCACGAUGGUAAAGACACAGACAAUCUGAGCUUUAAAAGCAGCGCCAUCCAUCCGUGUGGAAACCCAACCGUUAUUGAGGAUGCUUUGGAAAAAGUUCGGAGCAAUGACCCAGACACCACAGAGGUAAAUCUAAAUAACAUUGAAAACAUCACUUCACAGAUGCUUAUACAAUUUUCUCAAGCCCUUAGGGACAACACCGUAGUCAAGUCAUUCAGCUUGGCUAACACACACGCUGAUGACAAUGUCGCAAUAGCAAUUGCCGGUAUGUUAAAGGUAAAUCAGCAUAUAACUAGUCUGAAUAUUGAGUCAAAUUUUAUCACGGGCAAAGGAGUGCUGGCCAUCAUGAGAGCUUUGCAGCAUAACAAGGUUCUAACAGAGUUGCGGUUCCACAACCAAAGGCAUAUCAUGGGCAGCCAGGUGGAAAUGGACAUAGUUAAACUGUUGAAAGAGAACACCACUCUGGUCAAGCUCGGAUACCACUUUGACCUUGCUGGUCCAAGGAUGAGCAUGACAAGUAUUCUGACAAGAAAUAUGGAUAAACAAAGGCAAAAGCGUAUGCAGGAGCAACGACAGCAAGAGUCUGGUUGUGAUGGUGCCAUCAACCCAAAGACCAAAGCCUUGCAGAAGGGGACUCCUCGUUCCUCACCUUAUACGUCACCUAAGAGUUCACCUUGGUCCUCUCCAAAGCUCUCUAAGAAGGCACCACCAGCAAAAAGUCAGCCGCCAGCUCUUGCACCCCCACCCCCACCUCCACCCCCCCCUCCUCCUCCUCCUCCUCCUCCACCUCCUCCAGUUAUUCCAGAGAAGAAGGCACCAACCAGGAACAUAGCUGAAGUCAUCAAGCAGCAAGAAAGCUCAAGAAAAGCUUUACAGAAUGGACAGAAAAAGAAAAAAGGCAAAAAAAGCAAAAAACAUGAGAACAGCAUAUUGAAAGAAAUUAAAGAUUCUCUAAAAUCAGUCUCAGACAGAAGAUCAGAAGAAGGCUCCCGACCCUCCACCCGACCUUCUACCCCACAGAGGUCUCUCCAUGACAACCUUAUGGAAGCAAUUCGAGCAAGCAGCAUAAAACAAUUAAGGCGGGUGGAGGUACCAGAAGCCCUUCGGUGAAAGCCUGGAUGACAGAAGAAGCAGAGCAUGGCAGUGGUCAGGGGAGGCUGUUGGGCUGUUCACCAGUGGUAAAAUAGACUCUGUAGCAAGCUGCUUCCUAAGUACCCUCUUAGAUUUGAACCAUUUCCCUUUUCCUUUCAAAGAAAUAAACCCACUAACUACUAAACAAUGCUUUAAGGAUACAUUUGCCUUAUAAUCUGUAAAUAUGGAAAUAAUUUUCUUUUUUAUUUAAUAAGAUUUCUAUUGAAAAAUUGCUGCUUCUUUAGAUAUUCUUUUCAAUACCUGCAUUGCAAAUCACUGGACAACUUCUUCACACUGAGAUGUAAUAGUUUACCAACCUGUGGUUUCUUCAUUAUUUUUUUUCCAUAAAUUUACAAUAAAUGCAGUUUGAAGCUUUUAAACAGAAA